AUGUAUCUCAAGAACGAAUCACGGGAGACUUACCAAUGGCAUGAUGAAGAAGGGCAGCACAGUGAUACACUGGUCAUACUUUUGCAGGAUGCGGAGUGGUCAUCGGCUGCUCUAGGCCGGGAGGCCGUCCCGCUGACGUUACCACUUGAAGCCGCACCAGUGGCCAUUGGCCAGCCGUAA